ACCUCCCCCAGGUUUCCCGCCAGCAGGCGCCGCGCGGUGGAUGCUCGGGCUGGUCUAGAGUCACUCUGUCCGUCGCGCGCUGCGUCCUCGCGGGUCGUCGCUAUGUCGCGACAGAGCACGUUGUACAGCUUCUUCCCCAAGUCUCCCGGGCUGAACGCCGCCGGCAAGGCUCCGGUCAAAGCCUCACGGGAAGGCGCCGCCGCCUCCCCACCCCCCAGCGGGGAUGCGGCCUGGAGCGAGGCCGGGCCCGCACCGGGCGCUUUGGGCCCCGCGACGCCGCCGGAGGCGGGGAGCCUCAACGGAGGGCUGAGGAGGCCGGCGGCGCCCACCAGCAGUAGUUCCUGUGACUUCUCACCAGGUGAUUUGGUUUGGGCCAAGAUGGAGGGCUACCCUUGGUGGCCAUGCUUGGUUUACAACCACCCCUUUGAUGGAACAUUCAUACGAGAAAAAGGAAAGUCUGCCCGAAUUCAUGUACAGUUUUUUGAUGACAACCCAGCAAGAGGCUGGGUUAGCAAAAGGAUGUUAAAACCAUAUACAGGUUCAAAAUCAAAGGAUGCUCAAAAAGGUGGUCAUUUUUACAGUGCAAAACCUGAAAUACUCAGAGCAAUGCAACGUGCAGAUGAAGCCUUGAGUAAAGACAAGGUUAAGAGACUGGAACUGGCAGUGUGUGAUGAGCCCUCGGAGCCAGAGGAGGAAGAAGAGAUGGAGGUAAGUGCGGCCAACACAUCAGAUAAGAGUGAAGACAAGGAAGUAGAAAGUGAAGAAGAAGCCCAACCUAAAGCACAAGGAUCUAGGCGAAGUAGUCGCCAGACUAAAAAGCGAAGGGUUAUAUCAGACUCGGAGAGUGACGUUGGUGGCUCUGAUGUGGAGUUCAAGCCAGAUGCUAAGGAAGGAAGCAGUGAUGAAGCAAGCAGUGGAGUAGGGGGUAGUGACAGUGAAGGCCUGGGCAGCCCUGUGAGAGCUGCUCCAAAGAGAAAGAGAAUGGUGACUGGGAAUGGCUCCCUCAAGAGGAAAAGUUCAAGGAAGGAAGUGCCCCCAGCCACCAAGCGAACACCUGGCAUUUCAUCCGAAACCAAGAGUGCUUUGAGUUCUUUCUCUGCCCCUCAAAAUGCUGAACCCCAAGUUCAUACUAGUGGAACGGGUGAAGAUAGCCACUCCACUAACUGGUAUCAUGAAACUUUAGAGUGGCUAAAGGCAGACAAGAGGAGAGACCUACACAGGAGGCGGCUGGAUCACCCUGACUUUGAUGCAUCCACACUCUAUGUGCCUGAGGACUUUCUGAAUUCAUGUACUCCUGGGAUGAGGAGGUGGUGGCAGAUUAAGUCCCAGAAUUUUGAUCUUGUCAUAUUUUAUAAAGUGGGCAAGUUUUAUGAGCUCUAUCACAUGGAUGCACUUAUUGGAGUCAACGAGUUAGGACUGGUAUUCAUGAAAGGCAACUGGGCCCAUUCUGGCUUUCCUGAGAUUGCAUUUGGCCGCUACUCAGAUUCCCUUGUCCAGAAGGGCUAUAAAGUAGCACGAGUGGAACAGACUGAGACCCCAGAAAUGAUGGAGGCAAGGUGCCGAAAGAUGGCACAUAUAUCUAAGCAUGACAGAGUAGUGAGGAGAGAGAUCUGUAGGGUCAUUACCAAGGGCACACAGACCUACAGUGUCCUAGAAGGUGACCCCUCAGAGAACUACAGUAAGUAUCUUCUUAGCCUCAAAGAAAAAAAGGAAGACUCAUCUGGCCAUACCCGAGCAUAUGGGGUGUGCUUUGUUGACACCUCACUGGGGAAGUUUUUUGUAGGGCAGUUUUCAGAUGAUCGCCAUUGUUCCAGGUUUAGGACUCUAGUGGCACAUUACCCUCCUGUCCAGGUCUUGUUUGAGAAAGGAAAUCUGUCAACAGAAACCAAGAUGAUCCUGAAGGGGUCAUUAUCAGCCUCUCUUCAGGAAGGCCUAAUACCAGGUUCCCAAUUUUGGGAUGCAGCCAAAACUUUAAGAACUCUGCUUGAAGAAGGAUAUUUUACAGAGAGUGUGAAUGAUGACAACAGGGUGCUACUACCUGAAGUGCUGAAAGGUAUGACUGCAGAGUCUGAUUCUGUUGGAUUGACGCCAGGGGAGAAAAGUGAAUUGGCCCUCUCAGCUCUUGGCGGUUGUGUUUUCUACCUCAAAAAAUGCCUUAUAGAUCAGGAACUUUUAUCAAUGGCUAAUUUUGAAGAAUAUGUUCCCUUGGAUUCUGACACGGUCAGUGCUACAAGACCUGCUACUUUUUUUGCUAAAACCAAUCAACGAAUGGUGCUAGAUGCUGUGACAUUAAAUAACCUGGAGAUUCUUCUGAAUGGAACAAAUGGUUCUACCGAAGGGACCCUGCUUGAAAAGAUUGACACUUGUCAGACCCCCUUUGGUAAGAGACUCCUAAAGCAGUGGCUUUGUGCUCCACUCUGUAGCCCAUAUGCUAUCAACGAUCGUUUAGACGCCAUUGAAGACCUCAUGGCUGUGCCGGACAAGAUGUCCGAGAUUGUAGACCUUCUAAAGAAGCUUCCAGAUCUUGAGAGGCUAUUGAUUAAGAUUCAUAAUGUUGGAUCUCCCCUCAAGAGCCAGAAUCACCCGGAUAGCAGGGCUAUAAUGUAUGAGGAAACUACAUACAGCAAAAAAAAGAUUAUUGAUUUUCUUUCUGCUCUGGAAGGAUUCAAAGUAACCUGUAAAAUUAUAGGGACAAUGGAGGAAGUUGUUGAUUUUAAGUCGAAAAUCCUUAAACAAGUGAUUACUUUGAAGACAAGAAAUUCUGGUGGCCAUUUUCCUGACUUGACUACAGAACUGAACAGAUGGGAUACAGCUUUUGACCAUGAGAGGGCUAGAAAGACUGGAGUGAUAACCCCCAAGCCAGGAUUUGACUCUGACUAUGACCAAGCUCUUGCUGACAUUAGAGAGAAUGAACAGGGCCUCCUUGAAUACUUAGAGAAACAGCGCAGUCGCAUUGGCUGUAGAGCCAUAGUCUAUUGGGGCAUUGGAAGGAACCGUUACCAGCUGGAGAUUCCAGAGAAUUUUACCACCCGUAAUUUGCCAGAAGAAUAUGAGUUGAAAUCCACCAAGAAAGGCUGUAAGCGAUACUGGACCAAAACUAUUGAGAAGAAAUUGGCUAACCUCAUAAACGCGGAGGAACGAAGAGAUGUAUCGUUGAAGGACUGUAUGCGACGGCUGUUCUAUAACUUUGAUAAGAAUUACAAGGACUGGCAAUCUGCUGUAGAGUGCAUUGCAGUGUUGGAUGUCUUACUGUGCCUGGCCAACUACAGUAGAGGAGGUGAUGGUCCUAUGUGUCGCCCAGCAAUUCUGCUUCCAGAAGAACACACUCGCCCCUUCUUAGAUCUUAAAGGAUCACGUCAUCCCUGCAUCACAAAGACCUUUUUUGGAGAUGACUUUAUUCCUAAUGACAUCCUAAUAGGCUGUGAAGAGGAGGAGCAGGAGAAUAGCCAAACUUCCUGUGUGCUUGUUACUGGACCAAAUAUGGGGGGCAAGUCUACACUCAUGAGACAGGCCGGCCUUUUAGCAGUCAUGGCCCAGAUGGGCUGCUACGUGCCUGCUGAAGUCUGUAGGCUCACACCAAUUGACAGAGUGUUCACUAGGCUGGGUGCUUCAGACAGAAUAAUGUCAGGUGAAAGUACAUUUUUUGUCGAACUGAGUGAAACUGCCAGCAUACUUAAACAUGCGACAGCACAUUCUCUGGUGCUUGUGGAUGAAUUAGGAAGAGGUACCGCUACAUUUGAUGGGACAGCAAUAGCGAAUGCAGUUGUUAAGGAACUUGCAGAGAAUAUCAAGUGCCGUACUUUGUUUUCUACCCACUAUCAUUCACUAGUUGGAGAUUACUCUCACAAUGUUGCAGUACGCCUAGGACACAUGGCGUGCAUGGUAGAAAAUGAAUGUGAAGACCCCAGCCAGGAGACGAUUACCUUUCUGUAUAAAUUCAUGAAGGGAGCUUGUCCAAGGAGCUAUGGCUUUAAUGCAGCCAGGCUGGCGAACCUUCCAGAAGAGGUUAUUCAAAGGGGACACAAGAAAGCGAGAGAGUUUGAGAAGAUGACUCAGUCAUUGCAACUAUUUCGGGAAGUUUGCCUGGCUAGUGAAAAGUCUGCUGUAGAUGCUGAUGCUAUUCAUAAGUUGUUGACUUUGAUUAAGAAGUUAGAGUAUGUUGGAGGCUGAGUUGACUUUUAAGAAAGUUGGUAAAUUCAGACAACAUUAUGAUCUAAUAAACUUUAUUUUUUAAAAAUGA